CGCUGUCCUUUGAUCUCCCAGCCCGGCACAGGCUCAGGUGCAGCCGCCUCUCCUGGCGCACUGGCAGUGGCAGCCAUGGCACGAGAAGAUUCCCCUCGGGACAGCUACCACCUUGUCGGGAUCAGCUUCUUCAUCCUGGGAUUGGGCACCCUCCUCCCCUGGAACUUCUUCAUUACCGCUAUCCCGUACUUCCAGGCACGGUUGGCAGGGGCAAACGGCACAGCUGAGACUCUGAGCACCAACCACACGGGUUCCACAGACAUUUACAACUUCAACAACUGGGUGACACUGCUGUCCCAGCUGCCCCUACUGCUCUUCACGCUCCUCAACUCUUUCCUGUAUCAGUGCAUCCCUGAGGCAGUGCGUAUUCUGGGCAGCCUGCUGGCCAUACUACUGCUCUUUGCCUUGACAGCAGUAUUGGUGAAGGUGGACUUGAACCCUGGGCUGUUUUUUUCCAUCACCAUGGCAUCUGUCUGGUUCAUUAAUUCCUUCUGUGCAGUGCUUCAAGGCAGCCUCUUCGGGCAGCUGGGUACCAUGCCUUCUACCUACAGCACCCUCUUCCUCAGUGGCCAGGGCCUGGCUGGGAUCUUCGCAGCCCUUGCUAUGCUCAUGUCCAUGGCCAGUGGUGUAGAUGCACAGACCUCUGCCCUUGGGUACUUCAUCACUCCCUGUGUAGGCAUCCUCCUCUCCAUCAUGUGUUACCUUAGCCUGCCCCAUCUGGAGUUUGCCCGAUACUACCUGGCCAAGAAGCUGUCCCAGGCCCCAGCUCAGGAGCUAGAGACCAAAGCUGAGCUCCUCCAAGCUGAUGAGAAGAAUGGGAUUUCCAUCAGCCCCCAGAAGGCAGGCCCAGCUCUGGAUCUUGAUCUUGAGAAAGAGCCAGAGUCAGAGUUGGAACUGGAUGAGCCACAGAAGCCAGGAAAACCUUCAGUCUUUGUUGUCUUCCGGAAGAUCUGGCUGACGGCGCUGUGCCUUGUGUUGGUCUUCACAGUCACCCUGUCAGUCUUUCCUGCCAUCACAGCCAUGGUGACCAGCUCCACCAGCCCUGGGAAGUGGAGUCAGUUCUUCAACCCCAUCUGCUGCUUCCUGCUCUUCAACAUCAUGGAUUGGCUGGGCCGGAGUCUGACUUCCUACUUCCUGUGGCCAGAUGAGGAUAGCCGGCUGCUGCCCCUGCUGGUGUGCCUGCGUUUCCUGUUUGUGCCACUCUUCAUGCUCUGUCAUGUGCCCAAGCGAGCCCGGCUGCCCACCAUCUUCUGGCAGGAUGCCUACUUCAUCACAUUCAUGCUGCUCUUCGCCAUUUCCAACGGCUACUUGGUGUCUCUCACCAUGUGCCUGGCACCCAGGCAGGUGCUGCCACAUGAGAGGGAGGUGGCCGGAGCCCUCAUGACCUUCUUCCUGGCCCUGGGACUGUCCUGCGGAGCCUCUCUCUCCUUCCUCUUUAAGGCAUUACUCUGAGGUCCAUCAGUGCUCCCCUCCUUAGUGUUCCCCACAG